AUGAAUCAAGAAAAGAGUGUGAGCAUUAAGUCCUUGGUGUUCCCCUCGGAGACGAGUACCAGUUAUGUGGAGAUGGUCCCUCUGAAGCCCCUGAACCUGAGGGCUUUCACUCUGUGCAUGCGCGUGGCUACAGAGCUCACCGGUAGUCGCGAGAUCAUCCUGUUUUCGUACCGGACCCAACGCGCUGACGAGCUGAAUGUGUGGCGUGAGCUGGACGGCAGAUUGUCCUUUUACCUGGUGGAUGAACCUGUAUUUUUCCGAGUCCCUGACAUCGGUGCCCUGCAGACCCACCUGUGUGUCACCUGGGAUUCCAGCUCAGGUGCGGCCGCUCUCUUCAUGGAUGGGAGGAAAAGCUUGACCAAAAUUUUCAAGAAGGGUCACACAGUCCAACCCGGAGGCAAGGUUAUCAUCGGACAAGAUCUGGAUAGUUACGUGGGUCCAUUUGAUGCCAAGCAGAGUUUUGUUGGGGAGAUCGGUGAUAUUAAUAUGUGGGACUCUGUCCUCUCAGACCGCAUGAUCCAAGACAUGUUCUCUGGGAAGACAGUACCAAGAGGAAAUGUUUUCGACUGGGAAACCACACAGCUUAACAUUAACGGGGGAGGUGGUGGUUGUUAA